UUUCACCUUGGACAGUCUGACAAGUUACGGCAUAGAGGUAGAACAUGUUGUGUCUCAUCCUGGUUCUUCCUUCCCGGCCUCCAUAGUCAUCAGCAACAUAAGCACUGGGACCCGCACCAUCCUUCACAUGAACAGCUUCAUCAUGUCAGAUUUCUCUCGGAGGAACAUUGAGACAUCGACUGUGAGCUGGCAGACCUGGGGCGACACUCCCUGCGCGUGCUGCCUGGUAAACAUCAGCAAUGGCUGCCGGACCGUCACCCUGUACGACACAAAUCUCCCCGAUGUAACAGCAGACGACUUCCAGAAAGUAGAUGUGACGCGAUAUAAGUGGAUCCACUGGGAGGGGAGAAACGCAGAUGAACAGAUUAAGAUGAUCCAGAGAGUGGAGGAAUAUAACAAGAACUGCCCUACAGACCAGAGGAUCUCCAUCUCAGUAGAGAUCGAGAAGGAGCGUGAAGAGUUAUACCAGUUAUUCCAGUACGGUGAAGUGGUUUUUGUUAGUAAAGAUGUUGCCAGACACUUUGGGUUCACCGCCCCCUCUGAGGCCAUUGUUGGACUGUACCCACGUGUAAAGAAAGGGGCCUAUCUGGUCUGUGCUUGGGCUGAACAAGGAGCUGUUGCUCUUGGACCAGAUGGACGGGUUCUCCAUUCUCCUUCUUUUCCCCCGGAGACCAUUGUGGACACGCUUGGAGCUGGAGACACCUUCAAUGCUUCUGUUAUCUAUGCCCUGUCUAAAGGUCAGACCAUGGAGGAGGCCAUUACGUUUGGCUGUCGUAUAGCAGGGAAGAAGUGUGGGGUACAAGGCUACGAUGGCAUCGUCUCCUGAGGCUGUCAGUCACCAUGAUUGGAACGUGAUAUCACAAACCCGAGAAUGGGAACAUCCCCCGCGCUGACACCAAUUAUCCUUCAUCAUAAAUGACAAUCUCAUCACAAUGUUCUCUAUGGUCCCUGCUUCAUGUCCGCCAGGAUCUUCUGUCAACUACAUCACGAUGCCUCCUCCUGAGGUGGAGUCUUCAUGUGGUCAUGUGAUACCUGAGCACCCUGAAUCUGGCCCUGCCCACUGCUCCUCUCAAGCUUAUAAAAGCCCAAAAACCACGAGCAUCACCUUCCAGUCUUGUCCUCCUCCUCGUUUAUCUUGACAUCGGUUGUCAGUCAAGGCCAGGACCAGCCAGGUGUAACAUCUCCCUUAUAAACAGCUCCUUGGGAACCAAGAUGGGAAACAAGAAGGCAAAAAAGUGAAGUAAAUGCUAAAAAAGUGUAAUAAAAUUAAAAUG